CUGCCCGCGCUAGUGAUUGGCCUGCAGGGCCCGUCAAUCUACGAGAGUAGCUCUGCGAUUGGCAGGUGGGCUGGAAGUGCGGGUCGGUUCCCUUGCCGCGGGCUGAGGAGAUCUUGGCGGUGUGACUGUGGCCGAUCCUAGGUGAGGAGGCUAGGUGACGCCGUGAGGGUCGAAGCUCAGUGGCUGGGCCACCCUCCGCCAUGGAAGCCUUUGAAGAGGACCGGAGAUGCCUGUCUGGGAGCCUCCCCGUGCCAGCCCCUGCGGAGAGCCCCGCCACACCGAGCCCCGUGGAUUGCAGCCGGGCCCCGGCCAUGGCCCACAGGCACCUGAGCAGGAAGAACGGGCUUUCCAAGCUCUGCCAGAGCAGAAUGGCGCUCUCUGAGGACAGGUGGAGCUCCUACUGCCUGUCGUCACUGGCUGCUCAGAACAUCUGCACCAGCAGACUGCACUGCCCGCCGACGCCCGAGCAUGCCGACCGGCUGGGCUCCUGCAGCAGCGCGUCCUGCUGCUCCCUGCUGCGCGGCUUCUCGGCCGGCUGGCCCACGCCCCUGCUGCCCACCCCCGUGAGCAACCCCAACAAGGCCGUCUUCACCGUGGACGCCAAGACCACAGAGAUCCUGGUGGCCAACGACAAAGCUUGCAGCCUCUUGGGGUACAGCAGCCAUGACCUGAUUGGCCGGAAGCUUACACAGUUCUUCCUGCAGUCGGACUCCCACGUGGUCGAGGCUCUCAGUGAGGAACACGUGGAGGCAGAUGGCCGUGUUGCAGUGGUUUUUGGCACCGUGGUAGACAUCGUCAGCCGUGGCGGCGAGAAGAUCGCCGUCUCCGUGUGGAUGAAGAAGGUGCGGCAGCAGCACAGCCUGUUCUGCGUGGUGGUCCUGGAGCCCGUGGAGAGGGUCUCAGCCUGGGUCUCCUUCCAGAGCGAUGGAACCAUCACAGCCUGUGACUGCCUCUUUGCCCAUCUCCACGGGUUUGUGUCUGCAGAGGAAGUGGCUGGGCAGCGCAUCACAGACCUGAUUCCGUCCGUGCAGCUCCCUCCACCCGGCCAGCAAGUCCCAAAGAAUCUCCAGAUUCAGAGAUCUGUUGGCAGAGCCAGAGACGGCACCACCUUCCCUCUGAGUCUGAAGCUGAAGGCGGAAGCCCCCGGCGAGGCGGUGGGCGAGGGCACAGCGGCCCCUGCGCGAGGUUUCUCGGCUUCUGUCUGGGUCUUCUGCACCAUCAGUGGCCUCAUCACCCUGCAGCCGGAUGGCACCAUCUACGGCAUCAACCACAGCUUCGCCCUCAUGCUGUUCGGUUACGGGAAGGCCGAGCUCCUGGGCAAGAACAUCACUUUCCUGAUCCCUGGCUUCUACCAGUACAUGGACCUUGCUGAUGACAGCUCUGUGCAGCUGCCAGACCUGGCCAAGUGCCUGGACAUGAGCAGCGACCGUGGACCUGGGGAGGCGCCCUUGGACCCCUGGCCAGCCUGGGACCCAGCCAGUGGAGCUCAGGAUCCGAGAGUUGAUGUCACAACAGCUGGCGACCACGUUCUGCCCCAAGAUGAGACCCUGAGUCUGGGAGACAGCCAGGAUGGCUCUCCUGAGACUCAGGCCCCGCUGGACGUUGGCGGCAAGCUCCUGCCCUCACUGCCACCUCAGCCACCUCCUGGAGAGGACAGCAUGCCAACAGACAGGCUGCCGGCCCCUGCUGCACGGUCAUUGUCCACAGACGAGCAAAGCACCCAGGAAGGCCCACCGGACCCUGGUGAACAGCCGCUGCCCAAGGACCAGCCAAACAUCCCAGGGGAAAGCCCACCAGGCGCUGGUGAACAGCCGCUGCCCCAGGACCAGCCAAACAUCCAAGAAGGAAGCCCACCAGGCCCUGGUGAACAGCUGCCGAAGGACCAGGCAAAUAUCCAAGAAGGAAGCCCACCAGGCCCUGGUGAACAGCCGCUGCCCCAGGACCAGCCAAAUAUCCAAGAAGGAAGCCCACCAGGCCUUGGUGAUCCGUCCCCUGCCGUGGGGAGGGAGGAGCCUGCAGCAACAGAGAGCCCCACCCAGGCCCUCCUGCCAGAGAGCAGCUCUGCGCCAGCAGACGCGAAGCUGGCCGCUUCCUGUGAAGACUCUGACACUGCACUUGCAGCCCAGCGGUGGAGCGGCGACGUCAGGUGCGGCCCGCCUCGGGAAGUCCCACGGGAUCUCGGGAGUCCUGGCAGUCCUGGCAGUCCUAACUCCUUGGUGGAUGUCACCAGGCCUGAGCCCCGUGCUGUGGGACAGCCAGCAGAGGGCGCUCUCCCCGCACACCAGCAUCGGUUCGUGAGCGAGUGGGUCCUGCAUAAGCCCAGCCAGGACUCGGCCCCCAGGCCCCCGGGGAUGGCGAGUGUGUCUCCUGGGACGCCCACGCAGGAUGAGUCGUGGCUGGGGGUGAAAGACGACCGGGAGGAGCUGCAGGCCUGCCUAAUUAAGGAGCAGCUGUGCACACCCAGCUUUGCAGGAGCCCCAGACGUCUCCUAUAUCGAGCUCAUCCCCAGGGAGCGCCCGGCCUUCCCCCUGCCCGUGUCCCGCUGCAGUCUGAGAGGCAGGGACAUGCACGGCCGUGCGGACAGCUCCUCGGCCCGCUAUGCCCUGGCCACGGACCUGCCCGGUGUCCUGGAGCCUGUGGAGGCCCCAGAGCCCGGCAUGCAUUCCUACUCCUGGAACCUCAAGGAAGCCUUCUUCAGUGACCAGAUUGACCGAACUUCAUCAAAUUGUUCCUGCGCUGUGUCCGAGCCCACGGAGACCCCCUGCCCCUCUGCGGGGGGCUCCGACUCGGACGUGGGCAGCCUCGCCAGGCAAGGGUCAGAUGUGGACGACAGGGAGCUGUUGCUGCUGACUGGCACCUGCUUUAGGCUUGGCGAGGGCCGGCGGUUCCAGGAGAGCCGCCGGACAGAGCCCUCUGAGGUCUCUCUGGUGUCCUCUGAGCACUUCGAAGUGAGUGACAGUGAAGGCCCCAGCUGCCUCCUUCCCACGUCAGAUGCCAGCUCUGAGGAGGCGCAGCCAGCAGCAGAGGAGUCGAGGCCAAGUGCCCAGGUCACCUCCACACCUGUGACGCCGGGCGCCGCCAGCCUGGGGCGGCAGAUCCAGGAGGGCACCUACUCAGGGAGCUGCUACCACCGGGACGGUUUGCGGCUGAGCAUCCAGUUUGAAGUGAAGCGGGUGGAGCUCCAAGGCUCUGCCACCCUGUUCUGCUGCUGGCUGGUGAAGAACCUCUUGCACAGCCACCAGGACUCUGCCACCAGGACACGCCUGCUCCUGGCCAGCUUGCCCAGCUCCACCCACUCCAUGCCGGAGCUCCCCGGGCCCAGCUGGGGGGAGGUGCUCCGGGCCAAGCCGUGGUUUGAGGACCCCCCCAGGCCUGUGGAGCUGGAAGGGCUGGCGGCCUGCGAGGGAGCGUACGCCCACAAGUACAGCACCCUGAGCCCACUGGGCAGUGGCGCCUUUGGCUUCGUGUGGACCGCAGUGGACAGGGAGCAGAACAAGGAGGUGGUGGUGAAAUUCAUUAAGAAGGAGAAGGUCUUGGAGGAUUGUUGGAUCGAGGACCCCAAACUCGGAAGAGUGACUCUGGAGAUUGCCAUUCUGUCCCAGCUGGAGCACGCCAACAUCAUUAAGGUGCUGGAUGUGUUUGAAAACCAGGGGUUUUUCCAGCUCGUGAUGGAGAAGCAUGGCUCCGGCCUGGACCUCUUCGCCUUCAUCGACCACCACCCCAGCCUGGACGAGCCCCUGGCAAGCUACAUCUUCCGACAGCUGGUGUCCGCGGUGGGUUACCUGCGCUCCAAGAGCAUCCUCCACCGUGACAUCAAGGACGAGAACAUCGUGAUCGCCGAGGACUUCACCAUCAAGCUGAUCGACUUCGGCUCAGCCGCCUACCUGGAGAGGGGCAAGCUGUUUUACACGUUCUGUGGAACGAUCGAGUACUGCGCGCCCGAAGUGCUCAUGGGGAAUCCCUACCGAGGGCCCGAGCUGGAGAUGUGGUCUCUGGGGGUCACGCUGUACACGCUGAUCUUCGAGGAGAACCCCUUCUGUGAGCUGGAGGAGACCAUGGAGGCGGCCAUACACCCCCCGUACCUGGUGUCCCAGGAGCUCAUGCACCUCGUGUCGGGGCUGCUGCAGCCUGCCCCUCAGCAGCGCACUACCUUGGAGAAGCUGGCGACAGACCCGUGGGUGACACAGCCCGUGAACCUCGCUGACUACACUUGGGAAGAAGUGUGUCGCAUAAACAAGCCAGAAAACGGAGUCCUGUUGCCUGCGAGUCUUGGGGGCCAGAGCCUGGGCGAGGCAGGACCAGGGACCCCUGCCCCAGGGGAGGCUUCCAGCGGCCAGUGUGCUGUGGGGACCCCUCCCCGCUGAACGACCCUACCUCGCCCACCACUCCGCUGUACUCCACUCAGAAAGUCCCAGGCCCCUUUCCUCCAGAGAGAAAUUCUCAAGAACGUGAGAAUUUUAGGAUAAUUACCUUCCAAAUGUUUGUGUGCAAGUUUGAUGGCUGCUAGAACUACAUUUUUUUAAAAGAUGUAUAAAAUAGACUUGGAAUUCAUGUUUUUCACAACCUUGAGAAAACAUUCUGGUGUUCAAUUAUUUUAUAGGAUUUAAAAGGGCUUUUGACUUGUGAACUU